GCCCGUCAGCGAAGAACGGCCUGGUGGACCACGGCCACAAGAGACCCUCGUAUCACAAACCCAUGAGAAGGGACUCAAGGGACCGGUACUGGAGGAACGGAGACAUGGAGGGGUACGGAGAGCAAGGAUACUACAGCAGAGAGGAGGACAACGACAGCAUCACCUCCAGAGACAGACCUUACCCUGAUGAGUAUCCUCUCUACAGAGAACACUAUGAUGGCCACGCCCCCUACCCCGACAGUAGCUAUGGUAACGGAUACAACGACGUUCGGAGGACGACCCGGAGACGACUACUUCCUGCCACGCCCACAGGUCGUAAACCGUCUUUUAACAUCCAGUGUCUGAGGAGGCAGGGUAGCAACGACGACCUGCCGAUCCCCGGCACAUAUCACCCCACCUCCCCACCACGCCGUACACAGCACAACGUCAACAAUUACGAGUCCCAUCAAUCCUCCGGUCGCACAUCAGUGGCGUCUUCAGCAUCCUGGGCGAACCCGUGUCCUCGCCGCGGACGCCUCCUCUACGCUCCUCUCAUCCUGGUGGAGGAGGAAGGAAGCCCACCGUGGGGAGGAGGAGUAGGAGGAGGAGGAGGAGAUGGAAAGAAGGGAGGAGCAGGAAGAGGUGUCAAUAUCACUGGUGCAACACCCAGACCGGCCUGGUACGGUGGCCCUGCAGGGACAUCAGCUCCUCCACCGUACCGAGCGUACACCACCCUCAGAGUUCCUUCACAACUCGGCGCUCAACUCACCGAGAAACGAGGAUCAGCCGACAGUCUGGUGGAGGCGGUUCUGAUCUCCGAGGGUCUCGGUCUCUACGCUCGGGAUCCGAAGUUUGUCGCGUUUGCAAAGCGGGAGAUCGCCGACGCGUGUCACAUGACGGUUGACGAAAUGGAGUCGGCCGCCAGCGAUCUGCUCGGCUCAGGGAACCCGUCUCUCCUCGCUAACGCCGCCGCGGACCCAGCCAUGCUCUACAGCGACGAGGAGCCAAUCAGGACGGGCCGCGAGGAGGACGAGCUAGCUGACGAGAUGACCUGCGUGACAUCGUUUUGACGGGCUGACGCUCUGGACCAAUCAGAAAAAAGACUGCGAAACGCAUCAGAGAUUGGCAGGACAUUUGACCAAUCAGGUCAAAGAAGAGAGAAGAGGGCGGAGUUUAAUGGACAUUUAAUGCUGAGAUUUGUGAGAAAAACGAUGGAAGAUGGCCGCCAGCAGAGAGUGACUCAGCGCUGUUGUGCCGCCAUAAAGACGCAUCUCGUUAGCUUGGUAACGCUAUGAACGUCGCUUGGCUGCACAGAAUCACACUUUACCCACAAUGCAUUGUUUGACAAGUUGUGUUGUCGUGUUAUUAUUUAUAAUUCCCGAAAAGUAAUCACCGUUACUGUCAGCCAGCUAAAGAAGGAUUAGCAUUGUGCCGCAACUGAUUAGCUUGAAACUGCCUCCUCUGCCUCAAAGAACAGCACUAUAAUAAACGCUAUAUAUAUUAAGUCACUCACUCAGCAGUGUUGGGUUGUGUUGUGGCAUUUUGCAGACACACUGUGAUGAUUUGAUUAGUGUUAACAAAAGCAGUGGACUGGCAGGAGAUCAGCUAUGCUCCCAGGGCCCUAUAUUUGCUAUUCAAACUAGCACUGUAAGGGAAUGGCUAUUUUUAAGGCUUUAAUUGCAAAAGAAUGAAGUGAGUUGGACGAAUCAAAUGGAGUUUAAAUUUGGUACAAAUCAGCCACUGAGGAGAUGUCAUUGUCUAAAGUCAUGGUACAAAAGGUCUUGACACAAAUUGGGGUUGCAUUGAGGAGCAUUUAAUCAUUAGACUAUGAGCCCUACAUGAUGAACUGUUUACAUGGCUAACACAUUUUCCAUGUUUACAUGCAACCUGGCUUACUCCAAUUCAAAUGCCCCAUGUGUAGCCCCUUUAAGUAGAUUUUAUUUACCUCUUUUUUCAACUGCAGCCAUGUUUCUCCCAUGGUAUACCCUUGUUACCAUUUUGCAAAACUGUGUGCUGGCAGUAUAUUACAUUACAUUACAUGUCACUUGUUAACACGAUUUUAUCCAAAGCGAUUUACA